AUGUUCGGGAAACUGGUGGUAGUUGUGCUCAUGUAUGGAGUAUGUGUGUUUGGGGGUAUACCAAAUAGGGGAGUCUCGUUUGCUAAUCGAAGGAGUUCGAAAUUGCAGGAUGUGUCUAUUGAUCAAUCGUUCUGGCCGCAACGACCGAAGGAAAGUCGAUUUCUAUCACUAUUCACCGUAGUGACGUUUCCCAACGGGGCCUGCGCGGGUGCAUCGGGAGACAACGGUACCUGCAUGACUGCGCGCGAGUGUACCGCGAGGGGGGGCUCCGCUAACGGUUACUGCGCUAAUGGCUUCGGGCUGUGCUGUAUCUUUAUGACGUCAUGCGGGAGCAGUACGUCAGAGAACGGGACUUACUUCGUGAACUCUGGUUACCCCUCAGCUUACGACGCCACUGGCUCCUGCGAACUAACGGUCGUCAAGUCACACCCUGAUGUCUGUCAGAUCAGAUUGGACUUCAACCGCUUCACGAUCGCGGGUCCUGACCAAAUGAACCACGUGUGCAACCAAGACCAGUUCAUUGUGUCCGGGGGGAACCCCGUGCCGGCCAUCUGUGGCAUCAACCAGGGAAGUCACAUGUAUAUAGAUGCAGGUAUCGGCAUGACAAAUCCUGUGAAACUGACGUUCGUGACAAGCGGUUCUACAUUUGAGAGGCUGUGGAAAGUGAAGGUUACUCAAAUACCCUGCAGCACCAUUUACAAAGCGGACGAGGGGUGCCUGCAAUAUUACACGGGAGUGUCGGGUCAGCUGCGAUCAUUCAAUUAUGAUCCCACGUCUGGGUUACAGCUGAGUAACCAGGACUAUGGGAUCUGCGUCAGAAUGGAGAGGAACUUCUGUGGGAUACAGUACACAGCUUGUCCUGAUACAGUAAACAACCGUUCCCGAGCUUUUACCCUAAGCGGUAAUAGCAACACUCCAGUCAACGCCAUGAUUGGCUCAGGAGCUGGACCAAAUAAUUGUGCCAACGAUUGGCUGCUGGUGCCAUGUGCCACCAAUGUUGGUCGGAUCCAGCCAGCACAAGCCCUUUGCACCGACAGAAUCUGUGGAGGGACCUUCUCGGCUGAGUUGUCAAUGCAAGCAGCAACUGUUAUGAGUACUGUAAAGCCGUUCCGUCUAUGGUUUCACACUGACAACAUAGAAGCCCCGAUCGACAUAGACAACAGAGGAUUCUGCCUCAACUAUAUUCAACAACCCUGCACUAAUAAUGUUGUUUAAGUUUUUGACAUAUUCAUAUUUAUAUUAAAAUUAAAGCAAUAGAAUAA